UGCGGCUCCGAUGGCGUAUUGUAUUCGGCCGAGCGCCACCGCCGGCGCGUCGUGUCGCUCUGAACGCCCGCUCGUUCGCUACGUUCAUUACGAUUUUCACUCGUGCGUCGGUCGGACGUGUCGCUUAUUCUAUUUUUAAAGCACGUGGCACAGUGCUUCAGUCAUAACCUAUAGCCAGCCGGCAGCCAAUUCGAGACUCGGUCGGAGGGAUCGCGUCAUCUUUAUCCUAAUCCAAGGUCUGCCUCCAUUGCAGCAAAAUGGGCACCAAACAAGAAACAAACGGCUUACAGCCGCAACACGAACUGGAAAACUUAAUGCCGGAAGAUGAAAAAACCAAAGAGAAAAUUGUCAGCAAAUACAAUAUGACAAAAGACGUCGAGUCCGCAGGAGAUUUUGAUCCAUUUACGGAGAGAAAAGUCGACAAUCCUACAUCGAACAAUGAUACUCUGACGCAUUUACUGAAGGCUUCCCUGGGGACGGGCAUCCUGGCCAUGCCGUUCGCGUUCAAAUCCGCGGGCUUAGUGCUGGGGAUCUUCUUCACGAUCCUGGUGGCCGUGGUCUGCACGCACUGCGCCUAUGUUCUGAUUAAAUGCGCCCACGUGCUGUAUAAGAAAACGAGAAGAACGACGAUGAGUUUUCCAGAAGUGGGACAGGCUGCGCUAGAAAACGGCCCUGAAUGUCUCAAGCGGUGGGGAAACGCCUUCAGACUUUUCAUCCUUGUCAGUCUGUUCAUGACUUACUUUGGCACUUGCUCGGUGUACACGGUUAUAGUGGCCAAAAACAUAUUACAGGUCGUGGCUCAUUACAUGAAUGUUCAAGAAAAAGAUGUGGAAAUAAGAAUAUUCAUUAUAGCGCUUCUUCUCCCUCUUAUUUUCAUGGCUUGGGUCCGAAACCUAAAGUACUUAGCACCUGUGUCCAUGAUUGCUAACGUUUUUAUGGGCGUUGGACUUGGCAUAACUUUUUACUACUUGGUCGGCACGGACAGCCUGGAUUUCGAUAAAGUAAAAUUAGUACAAUCACCAUCGAAUUGGCCUCAAUUCUUUUCGCUUACGAUCUUCGCCAUGGAAGCUAUCGGCGUAGUGAUGCCUCUAGAGAACGCCAUGAAGACGCCGCGUUCGAUGCUGGGGUUCUGUGGAGUACUCAAUAAGGGAAUGUCCGGCGUUACUCUCAUUUACAUGCUUCUUGGUUUCCUUGGAUACCUGCGAUACCUUGACAAGGUUGAAGAUUCCAUUACACUAAAUCUGGAUAUCAAGGAAAUUCCUGCCCAAAUUGUGAAAAUCUCGAUCGCCAUAGCGGUAUACUGCACAUUCGGCCUGCAGUUCUUCGUGUGCGUAGACAUUAUGUGGGGCUGCAUCAAGGACAAGUUCACGAAGCGGCCCGACCUGGCCGACUACGUGAUGCGCACCAUCAUGGUGACGCUGUGCGUGAUGCUGGCCGUGGCGGUGCCCACGAUAGGACCCUUCAUGGGCGUCAUCGGCGCUUUCUGCUUCUCCAUCCUGGGCCUGAUAGCGCCGGCGUUCAUUGAGGUUAUCACCUACUGGGACAUUGGCUUCGGUCCAGGCAAAUUUUUAAUUUGGAAAAACAUUCUAGUGCUCAUAUUUGGGUUAUUUGCGCUCAUUUUCGGCACGAAAGACGCAGUUUUCGACAUAAUAAAAGCAUAUUCCUAGUGGGCCUUUUGAGUGAGUGUUAGAAUGGACAGGAAAUGCCCGCCGAUACGGUGUGCCGUAAAGCAGGCCUUAUGCCUGCGGGAGCAUUCGCAUUAUAUGAGCUUGGCUGUGCGUAGCCUUGCUAGUAAAAAAGUACCAAUUGUGGCUAAGCAGUCUGUUUCAUAAUUAGUUUAUACUAUGUUAUUUAAGCCUUAGUUACAAUUAUCAAAAUACUAAUUUAUUAUAUUAUGCAACUAUUAAACUAUUAACAAUGAUUAAUAGAUAAUGGUGCUACU